AUGGAUCAAGAAAUCUUGUUGGAUGCAGGGGCACAGCUGCACCGGUUGAAGAUGUUUCCAUACUUCGACGUUGCCCACUACAUUCUUAUGAUCUGUGAGGUGCGUGACGAUCUUGCCUCUUCUGCUAGUCUCUUCUCUCGUAAACAUCCACUAUCGUGUUGGUUAUCUUCAAUGUUAAUGUGCUUCGCUGAUUCCUUUCUGGCAAAUUUCUUACUCGGUGAACCUGUGAUUGCUCCAUUCAAGCGACAUGAUGACAUUCUUUUGGCAACAAUUGUGUGGUAUUUGGUCUUCUAUGCACCGUUUGAUGGAAUCUACAAACUUUCCAAAAUAAUGCCCAUCAAAUGUGUGCUAUCAGUGAUGAAAGAGGUGAAACGUGCUUUCAAGGUUAGUUGCUUCUCAUAUAUUUUUUUUCCAGAGUUGAGCCACAUCAUGUGUUUCGUUUUAAAAAUAUAG